AUGGUACGUGAAGAGCUUCUGAGGGUUAUUAGGGAGAGAAAGAAGAAGAUGGUGGAGAAAAAAGAGAAAAAUUAUAAUGACUUGUUGUCGCGUCUUAUGAAUUCUACUGAUGAAAAUGGGAAGUUGAUGAAUGAUGCAGAGAUUUGUAACAAUAUUGUAGGGUUGCUGGUUGCAAGCUAUGAUGCAACAAGUGCUGCAAUUACUUUCGUCUUGAAAUAUCUUGCUGAGCUUCACGAUAUAUUUAACGAGGUUUAUAAAAGACCUUUUGGAAUAUAUGUGUAUUCAACACACAAAAAUCCAGAAUAUUUUACAGAACCAGAAAAGUUUGAUCCUCGUAGAUUUGAAGGGAAUGGACAUGCACAAUACACAUUCGUACCAUUUGGAGGAGGACCAAAAAUAAUGUGUCCAGGAAAAGAGUAUAUAUGCAAGAUUGGAAACACUUGUGUUUAUGCAUAAUGAUGUGACCAAAUUCAAGUUAGAGAAAUUGGUAGAAGAUUAUUUACCAAGCAUCACGGCCUGUACCAUCGAAUGGCCUCCCUGUUAGGAUUCAACCCCAUUGAUAUAUGAUCUCCUUUUAAAUGGGAAAAAGGUAAUUAAGUUAGAAUAUUAAUGUAAAAGA